AAAAUUUGAUUUUUGGACAAGUUGAGUUCGUUAGAUGUUUCCCGCCAAUACGUCAAAACUUCCGGUUAAUGAGGCCGCAACGACGCCUGGGAAGCAUUUAGAAAUUGAAAGCAAUGGCCGCGAAUGUAGUGUUUGAUACGAUGAAAACAUUGCCAUAARAAAUCACAAAUCAUAUCAAAUAGACAAAGAAAGUAACGCAAAAUGUCGUAUAAAUUCUAAUGUUAUAAAGCCGAUUAUUACAUCUCAAUACUAAAUUUAGAAAAGCGCGAUCAAUAUGGUUUCGACUUCAGCCACUCCAACUCCAUCAACACAAACAUCUUCGUCUUCAUUCUAUCUUCUACGAAAUGAAGUCCCAGCUACACCAAGUGAAGCCACAGGAAGCACCAAUCUGCUAGUCGAGCAUGGACUCCAGCAAGUCUACCACAAAUUUUGCAGCAAAAAAGUUAAAGACAGUCUGAGUGCCUUUCUUCCUCUUGUAUCAGGUUACGUUGAUGAGAAGGGAUCAACACAAAACAGUUUACAAUCUGUAGUUGACAAGCCGCCAGUAGGAGGCAAGGAGCUAAUUCCAUUACCAAGCCAUGCUCUAUCUGGUUUUCGACUUAAUCCAGGCCCAAUUCCCGAACAAUUUAGGUUUAUGAGCCAGCAACCUUUAAAGAAAAAACACCGACAUAAAAAGCACAAGAGUCAUGAUAGUGAUUCAGGAAAAAACAUCAAUGAUACAACAGGCCCAAAGACAGAACAAUAUCAUGAUACAAAGAAACACAAAAAACAAAAGAAACACGACGAYGGUGAAAGAAAGAAGAAGAAAAAAGAAAAAAAGAAAAAGAAGGACAAGUCUUAAUAUACCGAGUAAAAUGUUUGUCAAGCAACGAUGGGCGCAGUAUCUUCAACAGUCUUCGAAUGCAAAUCUACAUUACUUGACGAUAGGAACAUGGACAAAUCAUGCAUAUAGAUACUAAAUUUAACGGAAAUACAUGCUUGUACAGUAUUCCAUGGGCUUACAACUGAAAUCAUUAAUGGGCAGCAAUCUGACAUGCUCGUGCCUAUUAUGGAAAAAACUGAAUCCACGCUGUUCAGUAUUUGCAUAUUUUGACACAGUAUCUGUCAUAUGCAUACUAUCUAGCACUGCAGUUAUUAUGAUAUUAGAAAAUAUUGAGAAAACAAUAAUAGUCUUCUUCACGCUUACGUGCGCCAUCUUGAAAGGUAGCCGUGCCUUUACAUCGAAGCGAGACACCGUUGAACUUGCARUGAUAGAUACCUGUGAAUAAAAGCCUGAGGGAAAUUUGCAUGAGCAUGCGCUAAAACCGCUGAUACACGCCUGUAAAUUGCAGUCGCGGUUAUGAUUAUUUUGCGAUUUUGACAUUGGAGUUUAGAGAAGACACACAAGAUACACAGAUCAGUCCAAAAAUAGUUAGCUCAAAUUUACUUUACGUUUAAAUAGUGAAUAUGCCUACAAUAUAGAAAACAUUCAUAAUAAUUAUAAGACAUCUUUGGUUUCACUGUUAUUGAGAUUUAUAAAAAUACACAAACAGCAAUAUUUUAAGUAAAUGCAUAACCAACAGAUUAUUAGAUUCUUUGUUAGGCUAUAUUUAGAACAUUGAACAAAUUUCAAACAAUYGGUAUUAAAACGCUCGAGCGUUAAUCGUUGAUAGUUGCGAUAUAUAUGUACAGAGGAAACCUCAGCUUUUUAUUUGAAGACUAAAGCUGUGCAUUAUUAAAAUAUUGCUUGURCUCAUUGGUAGAGUGGUUUUCAUUAACCCGUGAAACACACUUUAGCGUAUUUAUCGUUAUUACACUUUGGCUCUUUUGUUUUUUAUUGUCUCUACGCGACUAUUUCGAUCUAUUACAAUCUAAUUAUUACACUUUGUUUCACGUGUUUAUUAAAACCAUCMCAAACAAACAUUGCCAGCUAUAUUUGAGCUUCCGAAAGGGCUACAUUACGACAAAAUAAUUUUUGUAAUUUUCCGGCAGCUCGUGCGCGUUUAAUUUGACAUUUCAGCUUUAUGCUAAUUUUGAAGCGUGACGAAAUUUACAUGAUUUUCGGGGGAAGGCUGAGUCCAAAUUUACACAGAAGAGUCUAACAAAAGUACGUAAAAUGAAUAGAUAAAAUUUGAAAAAAAAUCAAUCACCUCUGUACUGUACGAAGUUUACCAUUUUGUACAAAACUAUUUAGUUUGUUGAUUUCACCGAGGUGGAUACAUAGACACCAUAAUUUUAUCACAAUUUGACUGUGUGUAUUGAAUGAUAAAGAGGAGCUUAAAUUAGCAUCAAAGCAUAAAGCUGAUAACAAACGCACACGAAUUUAUCAAGAAGAAUUAUCGAUAAUCACUUACUUCUGUGAAAAAGCCAACUUCUGCGAAGCGCUAUUUAUUACGAUCGAAACGCCUUAAUAUGAAUAAACAUAUUUUCAGUUGGAUAAAUUUAGGAGAAAAAUGUGCACGAUCUUAAAAUUUGCGAGAGUAAAAUAAUAUUUGAGGUUUUAACUGUUGAGAACAUAGGUCCUCGUCCAUUAUUUAGUAUUGUAAGGGAAUAUGUAGUACCAAACAAAUAAAGCGCUAWGCCAAAGUCGACGGUA